CUCUCUGCACGUCUCCUAUAGCCGAUAUGGUAAACAAACAAGGCCCCGCUGAGGAUUCACCUGGGAUUCUGUUUUCUCGCUUCAGUUACCCGAAGUCUAGAAAAACCUUUCCUUAUCAAAUAUAGUAGCCUACGAAUGAAAAACAUGCUAGCUCUUGUUUAGAACUGAGUUUGCUUUCAUUCAUAGCGAUUAAAACUGGUCUAACCAAUCUAACGGCAUGAGGGGGUGUGGCUCAGUACUGAAACUAUUUAUGAAACUGCACAAAGCAAAGCAGCAGAAAGUUUCUGAACUUCAGCAGCAUUAGAAACUCUGCGCAGUACAACCCAAACAUGGCAGGCAACAAGCCCAUCAGGAGAAAUGAUGAAGUUUUGAGGAUUGUAAUGGUGGGGAAGACUGGCAGUGGGAAGAGCGCCACAGGAAACACCAUUCUGGGACCAGACUUCUUAACAUCUAGGUUCAGUUCUAAGUCGAUAACUGUUCACUGUUCUAAAGCUGAAGCUGUGGUGGAUGGGCAGAAGGUUGCAGUCAUUGACACCCCAGGCCUCUUUGACACCACCUUCGGCAUGGAUAAAGCAGCUAAAGAUUUUUCCCAGUACAUCGGUUAUGCUUCUCCUGGACCUCACAUCUUUCUGGUGGUCAUCAGGUUGGGCAGAUACACUGAAGAGGAAAUGCUGACGGUUCAGAAAAUUCAAGAAGCCUUUGGCCAGGCAGCAGACAAAUACAGCAUGGUUCUCUUUACUGGUGGGGAUCAACUUGAGGACACGUCUAUAGAGGAGUUCUUGGGGGGAAACUUAGAGCUGCAGGAACUCGUGGCCAGAUGUAAUGGCCAGUACCACGUCUUCAAUAACAAGAAGAAGGACCGAGCUCAGGUCACCGAGUUGGUCAUGAAGAUCAGAUGUAUAGUUCAGAAGAAUGGAGGAAGCCACUAUACCAAUGAGAUGUUCCAAAAGGCCGAGAGAGAAAUCGAGGAGGAGAAACAACGAGUCCUGAAAGAGAAAGAGGAGCAAAUACGCAGAGAAAGAGAAGAACUGGAGAAGAAAAUCCAGGAAAAAUAUGAGAAAGAGAUGAAGAAAAUCACUGAACAACUCCAGAAUGAGAGACAGAGGGAAAGGAAAGAGAGAGAGGAGGAAAGGAAGAGGGAGACUGUGGAGAGGCAAAGGCAGCUUCAAGACAUGAGAACAUUACAGGAACAGCAUCAAAGACAAGCUGCAGAGGCCCAACGAAGACUAUGGGAAGCCCAACAACAAAGGGCCAGACAUGAAGCUGAAAUUGUUGUGAAAACAUGUAGAAAAGUGAGCAAGUGUUUUAUAAUGUGAUUUAUUCAGUGAAAGCCACUCUGUGGUCUUAGUGGAGUAAAUAAUGUCAGUCAGUGUCAUGGUAACCAAAUUCACACAUUAGGAAAUUCUAAUCAUCUGAGUAUCUGAGUCAAUUAAACUGGAAUAUCAGUCAUUUAACAUGAAUGCCACAUCAAACGUGUGACACUGUAAAGUCUGUAAACGGCUCUGUGGAUGUGAGUUUGGAGUCUAAAACUGUUGCUGCUGAAUGAAGGUAAAGAGAAGAAGACGCCUAACCCAUCCAUGUACCAACAACAUUACUGUAAUGAGGGGUUUUAUAGCCACUAGACUUCUUCAUGAAAGCUUUUAAAAUCACAGAUUUCAGCUAGCUGUUGUUAUUCCAGUAUUUACGUUUGUCCAGAUGUUCCAAGAGUUUGUCAGGUACAUGUUAUGUUAAAUCUCCAGUGAUUUAUUAUCAAAUUUAUACUCAGGUGAGUCUAACUGAAGUCUGUACUGUAUCAAUAAAGCUGAGCUGUGAUCUCUUGUCGUGGAUGUUUCAGAUAAAACCCAAACAGUCAGACAGAAUCAGUAAUCCUGUGUAAACAUCGAGCUGUGGUUAAACAUCUGUUUUCCUGUAAGUUGAUCACCACACUGAACAGUUUCCUCUUAAUGAUCAGUGAGAUAGGUGUGACGGAUACUUAGACUCCAGAAAAUAGAGCUGAUACAACGUUUUACCUUCAGUUUUAUGAAUGAAGCUGCAGUUCAGUCAGUGUCCACAUGGAGGAGCCAGAGCUCUGCACUACCACCACACGUCAACACACUCAACACAUUCAUCAAAACUUUAAAACACCCAAAUAAUU